AUGUUGAGUCAAAACGGCCCCUCGGAGGCGGAGGUGCGCGACGGCGGGAAGACGGCGGGCGGCGACGAGGGCGCGCCCGGCUACCCGUACCUCCACACCAUGAACCUGCCGACGCUCCUGCCGGCGGCGCUGGGCGUGGGCGCGGGCCUGGUCAUCAUCAUCAUCAUCCUGAUACUGCUCAUCACCUUCCGCACUCGCCGCCCGCGCCCGCGCCCCGAGGAGGCGCACCUGCGCUCCCCGAGCGACCACUCCCUCGCCAGCGACCAGAAGUCGCUCUCGGGGCACAGGUCGCCGCCGCCGCCCGCGCCGCAGGAGGGCCUCAGGUCGCCCGGGGACAGACGGCCGCCCUCGACGCUGACGCCCGGCGAGGCGGGCCUGGGGGCGUGCCACGACAGGGACAAGCAGGUGGAGACGGAGAGUGACAAGGAGCCCGACGUGAUCCCCCUCCAGGAGGCGUACACCGCCCCCGCCCUCCUCCCAACCACUGUCCUGCCGCCUGUAUGCUACCACUACCCACCCCUCGACGCCCACCCCGCCCGCAUGGCCGCCUCUCUACCCAUGUUGCUUCACCUGCAGACGAGUCCUCGCUACGGGCGCCUGGGCGUGGCCGGCUCCGGGGGCCCCGACCACCCCAGGGGACCCCGCGACCCCCUGCGGGCGGCCCAGCACCACCACGCGCACCAGCAGCACCCCCUGCACCACCUCCGCCAGCAGGACCAACGGCCUCCUCUCCCGCAGGACAGCCAACACAGUCACCAGCUGUCCUCCUCCCUCCCGCGGGGCGCCCCCCUCCCGCCCCCCGCCACGCCCCCCGCCCCCGUGUGCCGCCACCCCGCCACCCUGGACCCCCACCGCCUCCCCUUCCCGGGCGUCGAGGGGCCGCGCCUCCCGCCCGCGCCGGAGGCCGAGGGGGGGGCGGCCCGGAGGCUCCUGUUCAGCAUGGAGUCGAGUCUGUCCGUGUGCGAGGACGACGCGCCCAGCACGCCGCUGCUCAGGAAGAGGGAGAGCUCCGUCUGA